UUGAAAAAUAAAAAUCUUCAUAAAUGAAUCAAAAAUCAUUUACACAAUAACAUCAAGCCAAUCCUGAAAGAUGGUUACUGUAACAUGGCUACUGAGAACUUUGCUUGUCUUCCACCUCUUGCAUUUGUCAACUUCCGUUGACACUAUAACAUCCACCCAAUCCAUUAAAGAUGGUGAUGAAAUUGUCUCUAUAGGCAAAAUCUUCGCGCUUGGAUUCUUCAGUCCUGGAAACUCUAUGAAACGAUAUGUGGGUAUUUGGUAUUACCAAGUUUCGGAACCGACAAUUGUGUGGGUGGCAAACAGAGACAAUCCUGUCAAUGAUACAUCCGGGAUCCUCUCAAUCAACACUCAUGGAAACCUCGCCCUGUUUGGAAGUAACGAAACCGUUCCUGUCUGGUCCACCAACAUUCCGGUCACCUCCGCAAAGAACACCGUAGCUCACCUCUUGGAUUCAGGAAAUCUUAUUCUUCUUCGAAAUGAUACCAAGAAGUUACUAUGGCAAAGUUUUGAUUAUCCUACACAAACUUUGCUUCCAUUUAUGAAACUUGGGCUGAACAGACGAACGGGUCUAAAUCGGGAAUUAACAGCUUGGAAAUCCGCGGAUGAUCCUGGAACAGGGAACUUCUCUUACAGAAUUGACCCAACUGGAUUUCCUCAAUUGUCUUUGUACAAGGGUACAACAAAGUGGUGGAGAUCCGGGUCAUGGACGGGGCAAAGAUGGAGCGGUGUACCCGAAAUGACUAGUAAUUACAUCUUUAACGUUACGUUUGUUAAUAAUCAAGAUGAAGCAUCCAUUGUUUACACAGUAACUAAACCUUCUGUUACUACGAGGAUGAUAGUUAAUGAGUCAGGAUUUGUGCAACGUUUCACCUGGAGCAAUGCGGAUCGUAGAUGGAUCGGGUUCUGGUCAUCCCCAAAGGAGCAGUGUGAUUAUUAUGGGCAUUGCGGGGCAAGUGGUAAUUGUGACCCGUAUCACGCAGAUAAGUUUGAGUGCACUUGCCUACCUGGGUUCGAACCCAAGAGUCCUGAUGAAUGGUACUUGAGAGACGGGUCAGGUGGGUGCAAGAGGAAGCGGGAGAUGUCCACGUGCCAAAAGGGAGAAGGGUUCGUGAAGGUAGCACGUGUGAAGAUACCGGAUACAAAUGUAACACGUGUAGAGAUGAGUUAUGAUUUGAAAGCGUGCGAGGAAGAAUGCUUGAAGAAUUGUUCGUGUUUGGGUUACACAAGUGCAUAUGGUGAAAGUAAGGGAGGGAUUGGGUGCUUGACAUACUACCGAGAUUUGAUAGAUACAAGAACUUAUGCCAAUGCUGGUCAAGAUAUGUAUGUAAGAGUUGAUGCCGCGGAAUUAGGUAUUUGUCUAUUUUCAACUACCUACCUCCUUUAUUAUUUAUUUAUACUUCCAACUGCUUGCAAAGACUUUUUUCACUCAUUAUGA